GCCGCCUUCCGCUGGCCGAGCGCGGAGCUUCGCAGAUGGCGGCGGGAGCAGCCCGAGGCCUCACCGCCGCCCUCCUCCUCCUCCUCCUCGGUGUCGCCGCCGCCCAGCAGCCGCCCUCGGAGGCCUUCCAGGCGGGCCACAGCGCCCCCUUCCCCUCGCUGCCCGCCGCUGCGUCGGUGGCGCCACACAGACGGUACCUUUUGUAUGAUGUAAAUCCACCUGAAGGUUUUAACCUUCGUAGAGAUGUCUAUAUUCGAAUUGCCUCUCUUAUAAAGACUUUGUCAAAAAGCGAAGCUUGGGUAUUGGUUUUACCACCCUGGGGACGUCUCUAUCACUGGCAGAGCCCACAUAUACAUCAGAUCCAAAUACCGUGGUCUGAAUUCUUUGACGUUCCAAGCCUCAACAAAAACAUACCUGUAAUUGAGUAUGAGCAGUUUCUUGCAGAAUCAGGUGGACCUUUUAUUGAACAGAUAUAUGUCUUGCAAAACUAUGCCGAAGGAUGGAAAGAGGGGACUUGGGAGGAGAAAAUAGAUGAAAGGCCCUGCGUUGAUCAGCCAACUUAUUCAAUGGACAGACAUAAGUACUACAGGGGAUGGUUCUGGGGCUAUGAGGAAACACGAGGCCUUAAAUUAGCCUGUCUAUCAGUCCAAGGUUCCGCUUCUAUCGUAGCUCCUCUUCUUUUGAAUACUUCAUCUCGGUCAGUGAUGCUAGACAGAGCAGAAAACCUCCUUCAUGACCACUAUGCUGGCAAAGACUAUUGGGAUACUCGUCGAAGUAUGGUGUUUGCUAAGCACUUGCGUGUGGUGGGAGACAUGUUUAGAGCCAGAUAUCUUAACUCCACUGAUGAGGAGGACAGGACGCAGUACAUUGAAGACUGGACAAAGAUGAAGGUAAAACUGGGCACAGCCGUUGGUGGCCCAUACCUGGGAGUUCAUCUCAGGCGCAAAGACUUCGUCUGGGGACACAGAAACGAUGUGCCAAGUGUUCAGGGAACGGUUAAGAAAAUCACCAGCCUGAUGAAGCUGCAUAAACUCGAGAGGGUGUUCGUAGCCACGGAUGCGGUCGCAGACGAGAUCGAAAAGUUGAAAGGCCUGCUGCCGGGGAUGGUGAGAUUUGAGCCUCCUUGGGAAGAGGUGGAACUCUACAAGGAUGGAGGAGUAGCGAUCAUUGAUCAGUGGAUAUGUGCCCAUGCCAGAUACUUUAUAGGCACUUCAGUCUCAACGUUUUCCUUCCGCAUUCACGAGGAAAGAGAGAUUCUAGGCUUUGACCCCAAAACCACUUAUAACAGAUUUUGUGGCGAUGAAGAGAGAACUUGUGAGCAACCAACUCACUGGAAAAUUGUGUAUUAGCCUUGUUUGCUACAGAGUUUGUUACCCUGUAGGCUCACCAAAGCAGCAUCAUUUCUACGAGAGGAAAUUAUUCCGGAUCGUCUCUUUUGUAUUUCUGGAGAUAAACACAUUAAAAAACGGCAGUUUAUUCCCUCAGCCGGCACAAAAUGCUGUUACUCUGACAUUAUCUGAGAGGAUACUACAAAUCAGAUCAGGUAAUAUUUGUAAUAUUAAAACAGCUGAGUUUCUUUUGGAAACGUCA